AUGGACGGAGCGCCCCCCGCGAGCUCCGGGUCGGGAGUCAGCGACGCGUGCUCGGUCACCCCGGCUCUCGGGAGGACGGAGAACGGGUCCACCGCCGCCUCCGCCGCCGCCGCCGCCGCAGCCAUGGAGGAGCGCUUCGCCGGUCUCUGCAAGAGCAAGCUAGCUCUCAACGAGAGCACGACGAGGCAGGCGAUGCAGCUGUUCAAAGAGACCAGGGUCAUCCUCCAGUCCAGCAUGUCGUCUUUGGCCACUGGAUCGCCCGAGGAGACCGAGAGGUCCUGGUCCGCCUGUGUUCUGUACUGCGUGUCUAAGCUCAGCACAGGGGAGAAAGCCAAGGUAGAUGGUGGCAUCACGUUGCGUCAGAUCCUGAGGGCAUUUGAACUUAAAAUUGUUGAUUUUUUCAAGGAGAUGCCUCAGUUCUGCAUAAAGGUUGGAUUCAUUAUGACUGGUCUGUAUGGUUCAGAUUGGGAGAAGAGGCUUGAGUUACAGGAGAUGCAAGCUGGUAUUGUCCAUUUAUGCUCACUAGGCCGGUAUUACAAACGCGCAUACGAGGAGCUAUUCCUGUCAAAUGACGGCAAGCCUGCAGAUAACUCUUCAGAACCAAGUGCACAACAAGCUUCUGAACAUUAUCGCUUUGGAUGGUUACUCUUCUUAUCUCUUAGAAUCCAAACAAAUAGCCGGGCCAAGAAUCUUUUAACAUCCACAACUGAGCUAGUUUCUGUGUUGGCUGUACUUAUUAUUCAUAUCCCUGUGCGGCUAAGGAACUUCAGUAUCCAGGAUUCGUCCUUCUUUGCUAAAAAGUCAGAUAAGGGAGUCAAGCUUAUUGCAUCCCUUUGCGAAAGAUAUCUUACCUCAGAAGAUGAGUUGCGCAAAGCACUGGAGAAGACAAACACUCUCAUUAUGGAUAUUCUUAAAAAGAAACCUUGCACAGAUGCUACAGAGCUCCAGCAGGGCAAUUUGUCGUUUAUUGAUCCAGAGGGCUUGACAUUUUUUAAGAAUUUUCUCGAGGAAGAUUCAUUGAAAUCAAGUUUGCAGACCCUCGAAAAGGAAUAUGAGAAUGCACUUAACACUAAGGGAGAAUUAGAUGAGCGCAUGUUCGCUAAUGAUGAGGAUAGUUUGCUUGGCAGUGGAAGUCUGUCAGGAGGUGCCAUUAAGUUACCGGGCACAAAGAGAAAGUAUGAUGUUAUGACCUCACCUACAAAAUCAACAACAAGCCGAGCUCCAAUGUCUCCUCCACGUUUCUGUCCAUCACCUACCGGAAAUAGCUUUUGCAACUCAAAGAUUGCUCCUUCCACCCCAGUGAGCACAGCCAUGACAACUGCCAAGUGGCUUCGGUCUACAAUAACACCCCUUCCUUCAAGACCUUCUGGGGAGUUGCUGCGCUUCUUCUCGUCAUGUGAUAAGGAUGUAACAGAUGACAUUACAUCUAGAGCUGCCAUUAUACUCGGAGCCAUAUUCACAGGAAGUUCUUUUGGUGAGCGUAUGUGUACUAGUGUGCGAAACACAAAUGGGAUGGAUGCUAUCUGGACAGAGCAAAGGAAAAUGGAAGCUCUUAAGCUGUAUUAUAGAGUUCUAGAAUCAAUGUGCCGAGCAGAGUCACAGAUCUUGAGUGGGAGCAAUCUUACAUCACUUCUGUCUAAUGAGCGAUUUCAUCGGUGCAUGAUUGCCUGUUCUGCUGAGUUAGUCCUGGCCACUCACAAGACAGUCACAAUGAUGUUUCCAGCUGUGUUAGAGAAAACUGGUAUAACAGCUUUUGACUUGAGUAAAGUCAUAGAGAGCUUUGUUAGGCAUGAAGAUACACUUCCACGAGAGUUGAAGCGUCAUUUGAAUUCACUGGAGGAGAGGCUUCUGGAAAGCCUGGCAUGGGAGAAAGGCUCAUCAAUGUACAAUUCCUUAAUUGUUGCUAGACCAGCAUUAUCUGCAGAAAUAAAUCGGCUAGGUCUACUGGCUGAGCCAAUGCCAUCACUUGAUGCUAUUGUAGUGCAUCAUGAUAUUUGUGGGGGCCUUCCACCUCUUCCAUUUCAAAAGCAAGAACUCUUACAAGAUAAAGAUGAAGUUAGAUCGCCCAAAAGAGCUUGUACUGAAAGGAGAAAUGUGCUGGUAGACAUCUCAUUUAGAUCGCCAGUGAAAGAUACCAUCAAAUCAAAGUCACUACCUCCUCUUCAAUCGGCGUUUGCAAGCCCAACAAGACCUAAUCCUGCAGCAGCAGGAGAAACAUGUGCAGAGACAGGAAUAGGUGUAUUCUUGAGCAAGAUAGCAAAACUUGCAGCUAUUAGAAUCAAAGGUCUCUGUGAAAAAAUGAAUCUUCAUCAACAAACUGUGGAGUGUGUAUACUCCCUUGUCCAGCAAAUCAUCAACCACCACACUGCGCUUUUUUUCAACAGGCACGUUGACCAAAUUAUACUGUGCAGCAUAUAUGGAGUUGCAAAGGUAACUAAAUUGGCCCUUACAUUCAAGGAGAUUAUUUAUAGCUACAGAAAACAGCCUCAUUGCAAGCCACAGGUUUUCCGUAGUGUUUAUGUCCAUUGGCCAUCAAGAAGCCGCAGUGGGAAAAUCGGAGCGGACCAUCUUGAUAUUAUCACUUUCUACAAUGAAGUUUUUAUUCCUACCGUCAAGCCUUUCUUGGUAGAUCUUGGACCUUGCACCAGUCCAAACAAAAACAGCGAGGAAAAAAGCGCUUCUGAUGCAGUUCCAUUUCCAGAAUCUCCUCGGCUGGCUAGGUUUCCAACCCUUCCUGACAUGUCUCCAAAGAAAGUUUCUGCUACUCGUAAUGUUUACGUCUCCCCACUACGAACAUCAAAGAUGGAUACUUUGCUUUCUCCAAGCUCUAAGAGCUAUUACGCCUGCGUCGGGGAGAGCACCCAAGCAUUCCAGAGCCCUUCCAAAGACUUGAAGGCCAUUAACACCCGCCUAAACAGCGGGAAGAAAGUCAACGGAAAGCUCAACUUUGAUGUUGUCGAUGAUCAGGUCGUCGCUAGGAGUCUCACCGACCAAAAUGGCGCCUCCGCUGCUCCAGUGGCGGUUCUUGGCACCAAGACGCCGGUGAAAUCCGAGCAGGCAGACUCUUAGCUCCUCACGUGGUAUUGCGUCACGACCUAUCGAUACAAAUGUUAGUCUGUUAGGUGUCAGCUGAUCUAAUGUUAGAUGUUUAGAAGAAGCCCUUCUUUAUACCUCUUGUUACGGUUCCCUGACAUGGGGAGUCCCUCUGUGAGCAGCUCUUAUUAUCUGUGACAUAUAAGAAAGGCUGCCCUGAGAGCCUCCCCUAACCUCACAUGGCUUUUGAGCCUCUUUGUUUGGAAGACUGCUAAUUUUAGUGUAGUAGGUAGCAAUCUUGUAAAUGAAAGCUGCUUGUUCAUGUUGGAUGUUUUGUCA